AUAGUGACUUUUUUUCUAAUUUGUCUUGCUUUUCUUGAUUGCUGCUACAGAUCUUCGUAUAUAUUUAAUCAGUAGUGCAAUAUCCUUAGUGGAUAAACAUUGGUACGUGCCGAACAUACAUUGAUGAACUGAAUUUUGGUGAGCUGGCUUUUGCUUGCUUGCCUUUGACUGAGCUGAAUUUCACAUUAAAAUUCGGGUCUCAAUCAAAUCAGCCUUGGUGAUUUAAUAUGUAAACUACACCGAGCUGCUCCGCCUGCCGUUGGUUAAACUGCUAAUCCGACUACGUCUGCUCUCAUACCACCACUGCUUUUUUUUUUUUUUUUUUUUUUUAAAACACACAAUAGACUCAACAUCUCUUGCGCAACGAAACUAGUCCACGUAAAGCUUUAAUAUGAUGCAGUCAUAUUACACUUUCUGUGUCGGAUAGUCUUGGUUAUCCCCUGUAGGAGUGAUCUGGCAAAGCGCAGCAGCUCAUGUUGACUGAAUUAGUUCCAUUUUUAGGUUGACUGCGUAAGUCAUCUUUAUGGUACUGUCUCCAGUGCAAUGACCGCAAUGUUUCGAGCCGGUCGGCGCUUCAAGCGAGAGGUGCGACUGUGAACGGUGACAAUUGUACCAGCGUUCUUGUUUUAUUUUUUCGCGUUACCGAUGUAUCCUAAUUAAAAAGAGGAGGGUAUUUUUUUUAAUCCUUGUUAACAAGGUUAUUUACGGAAUAUUAUUAUUGGCGCCAACAUGGACAUCGGAAACGAAGAGUCCGUGAAUGAAUGUUGGAAAAAGCAAGUCGAUGACAUCAAGAAGAUUUUUGAGGUUAAGGAGAUCUUAGGAACGGGUGCCUUCUCAGAAGUAGUUCUUGCUCAGGAGCGGACCACGGGGAAGAUGUAUGCAGUGAAGUGUAUUCCUAAGAAGGCUCUGAGGGGGAAGGAGAGCAGUAUUGAGAAUGAAAUUGCUGUACUCAGGAAAAUUAAGCAUGAGAAUAUAGUGGCUCUUGAAGACAUCUAUGAGAGCCCCAACUACCUGUACCUCAUCAUGCAGCUUGUGUCUGGAGGGGAACUGUUUGAUCGGAUCGUGGAAAAAGGCUUUUACACAGAGCAAGAUGCCAGUGCUUUGAUAAAACAAGUUCUAGAUGCAGUCAACUACCUGCACUCUCUGGGCAUAGUCCACAGGGACCUCAAGCCAGAGAACUUGUUAUACUUCAACCCCCAUGAUGAGUCCAAAAUAAUGAUCAGUGACUUUGGCCUGUCAAAGAUGGAAGGAGCUGCAAGUGAUAUUAUGUCCACAGCUUGUGGGACUCCAGGAUAUGUUGCUCCAGAGGUGCUUGCACAAAAGCCAUACAGCAAAGCAGUAGACUGCUGGUCUAUUGGAGUUAUUUCUUACAUACUAUUAUGUGGCUAUCCUCCUUUUUACGAUGAGAAUGACUCCAAACUCUUUGAGCAGAUCCUUAAGGCUGAAUAUGAGUUUGAUUCACCAUACUGGGAUGACAUAUCAGACUCAGCUAAAGAUUUUAUUAGUAAUCUAAUGCAGAAGGAUGCUGAGAAACGGUUCACAUGUUCUGAGGCUCUUCGCCAUCCCUGGAUAGCUGGCGACACGGCUCUUUGUAAGAAUAUCCAUGAGUCAGUGAGUCGGCAGAUGAAGAAGAACUUUGCUAAGGCUAAAUGGAGGCAAGCCUUCAACGCAGCAGCCGUAAUCAGGCAUAUGAGACGUCUGCAUCUGGGCAGCAGUAUGGAUUCCACUCAGCAAAUGAACCCCAAGCAAACCUCUGUGCUUGUCAAGAGCCAGUCUGUCGAUGUAUCCUCUUACAACCGCAAUGACUAUGAGUCGCAGGGAGUGGUGAACACAGGGGCAGCGGUGGAGCGAUGCACACACCCUACCACUGUCACCACCAUCAUCACCGGCUCCAAGUGAUGGCGCUUCCUCCCAGGAGCAUCAGGCCACAGAAGCAUCAAACACGUGAAGCAUCAUCUGUGUCAUCCACUGGUAACAUUACCUUCAGACAUGUGCUUUCUGCUCUUUAUGCACUCUGUUCAGUCCCUGGCCUGUCCAUGGGAGUGUAGCAUCCUGGUCUGCAGGACUGGGUCAGAAAGUGCCAUGUCCUUCAGGAGUUGAAAGCAACAGCAGGUGUGAUGAGAGGCUCUGUUAGGGAUCAGAAUUGCAUUUGAGGACCUGUGGGUGUCUUAUCUGGAUACUGCAGCUGAGUUCAGCUGGUGUGACUUCUUCAUGAAAUGAUGCACUACUGAGUUAAUGGACUAUAUAAAUGCUCACUUUAGACUGAAAUUAAAAUUAACUAUGUAACAUAGAGAAGGUGUAUAUAGAAUCAUUAUGUGGACCAUUGUGUGUUUAAGCUGGGCUAACAUUGACUGGGCAACCAGACAGAACGGCAGCUUCCACUAAAGCCAAAUGUAAAUUUAGAUGAUAACGUGAACUGACCUGGUCCUGGGCCUUGGUCUGCAUUUUGAAUUAAUAUCUUGUUGCAAUUGUGUGAGUGGUCACAUGAUCAUCAACAAACCACUAAUUAAGCACUAUUACAGCAUACAAGAUAAAGAAGAAAAAGCUGUGUGUUCAUUUCUUAAUGAUGUCAACUUCAUGUUUAUAGCAUAGUAGUAAUUCAUUCAUUGGUAUAGUAAUUCAAUCAUCAAGUUAGUCAAACUAUAUGACUACAUACUAUAUGACUAUGUGCUUAGUUAACCAGACAACCAGGAGGCAGUUUUCCAAAUCACUGUACUGUGGAUGUCCUCAGUGAUACUUGCUUACCUGUUUUACACUCUUGUGUGUAGAACAUUGGUCUUGGCAAACAACACACUGGAUUAUCAUUUGUUUAAUCAUAUAUGCAUACAUUACUGAGUAACACAGACCUUGUGCAGUACUGAAAUAUAUGGUUUAAUUUUGUCAGUGUGAUUAUUGAUAAAGAAAUAUAUACUGUGGUGUAUUUGAGUGUCAGAUUUAUGAAACCUUAUUUGUAAUGUUACCUGAAUUGAAUAUUUAUCAAAGUUAGUGGAUCUACAUAUUUUUACAUGUAGUCUUGGUUAUCUGUAUAUUUUUGGUUGCAAUAUUUAUUAUGUUAUUGAACUGUAUACAUUUUCUCAGGAGUACUUUUAAUAAUGGUGGAUUGCAACAUUUUGUUAUUUUUAUUGAAUGAUAAUAAAUGGUGUCAGGAAAGGGAUGUUCAAUUGUUAUUAAAAUAAUUGUAUAUUGUAACGCAAUUUGUUUCAUAGGCAAAUUUAAUCCUUGAUCAAGAGAAGAAUCUUGUGAAGUUGGAGUUGGAAAACAUUUAAUUAAAGUGGUGCUUUGUAUUUGCACAAAUGUAUGCCUUUCUUCCAGUAUAUUAUUCAAUUUAAUGCAAUCUUGAUUGCUGCUAUGUACUGUAUAUAUUGAAAUAUGAAAGAUGAAAACAGCUA